AUGAAGCUCCUUGGCUGGAACUGUCGUGGCAUCUGCAACGCUGCAACAGUUAGAGCCCUUAAGGCUCAAAUAAAAGGGAAUAGCCCUAAUGUAGUUUUUCUAAGUGAAACUAAAGCUUCUGCUAAUAGGAUGGGAGCUAUGAUGAAUUCAAUAAAUUUUUCUAAUAUGUGUGUAGUAGAUGCCAAGGGUUCUACAGGUGGUGUGUGUAUCAUGUGGAAGGAGGGCCUUAUGAUCCAUCAAGUGGAUUACAAUAAAAAUCUCAUUGUAGUGAAAGUUUCGGAUGCUCUGUGUAGCUGGGUUCUAAUUGGUUUCUGUGGCCCCCCCUAUAUAUCUAAAAAGCAGAAGGCUUGGGAAAACCUUUUAGCCUUCCUAGAGUCAUGCCAAUGCCCCUGGGUCUGCUUAGGAGAUUUCAACUUCACUGUUAAUGACAAUGAGGUGUUCAGUAAAAAUAGAGAUGGGGCUGGUUCUUCGACAACCAAUUAUUUGAAGGAAUUAAUCUUUGAGCAUGGAGCUAUUGAUUUGGGUUAUUCAGGUAAUGCCUUUAGUUGGGCCAGAGGUAGUUGGAGAAAUUCAGCUAUUAAAAGAAGGCUUAACAGGGCUAUAGCGAGUAUUUCUUGGAGGUUAGCCUUCCCGAAAGCAGCUGUAGCCCAUCUCGGAGCUAUUAAUUCUGACCACACUCCCAUCCUUCUAGAUACAAAUCUAGAGGAGAGUUUUGCACAGAGACCUUUCCGGUUUGAAGCAGCUUGGAUUAGAGAUAAUUGGUGUAACUCUGUGGUUGAGAAGGCAUGGAAGGCGGAUAAGUGGCUCUACUUUGGAUAA